UCUCCUGGUAGAAGACUCCAUACACUGGAGAAGGUGCCAAUGACAUGCCUCUUACAAAACAUCCUAGAGACACAGAACCUCCUUGGAGGGAAUGGGACAGAAGAGCACAGAAAUCUGGCCUGAGACAUAGCGUGUAUUCUGUAAAUGGGGAUCAGUACAUAGGAGAAUGGCUAAACAACUUGAAACAUGGUAAAGGUACUUACGUAUGCAAAAGUGAAAAAUCCAUAUUUGAAGGUGACUGGAAAUAUGGAAAGAGAAGUGGUUUCGGAACAUACAGCGUCCAAGACCCAAUCACGGGCGAAUAUGUAAAGGUUUAUUCAGGAUGCUGGAAAAACAACAAACAACAGGGCUACGGAUCUUAUUUCUAUGCAGACACAGAGUAUUAUGAAGGAGACUGGAAGGCUGGACAAAGAAGUGGCUGGGGUAGAAUGCACUUUGCCAAUGGAGAUCUAUAUGAAGGAGAAUGGCUGGAAGAUAAGCACUGUGGGCAGGGAAUGUUACGAUUAGCAAAUGAAAACCGUUAUGAGGGUUCAUGGAAGAAUGGGAAAAAACACGGCUGUGGAAGGUUUUAUUACCUGGAUAAGGGGCAGAUGUAUGAAGGAACAUGGGUGGAGGAUAUCCCUAAGUGUGGAACAGUGGUGGACUUUGGACGUGCAGAAGCAUCUAUGCCAACAAAGUAUCCUAUUCCCGAGGUGAAAGUAGCAGAUCCUGAAGGAGUUCUACAAAUGGCCAGAUCAUUGCUUGAAAAACAAGAGUAAAGCCAAAGGCUCUGGAUCUGUGGAAGCCUACAACUUUAAGAAGCCAAAAAAAAAAAAACUAUUUUUAUAUAUUUAUAUUGUGAGCUGGCAUCCUGCUUCCAGAGAGAAAAGAAACACUUCACCUUCCAAGUACAACAUCCAGCCGGCAGGAUUUGCAUAAAUAAAAAAAAAAACUGUC